AUGACUUCUAGACAAAAAGCUUUCGAUGAAUGUUGCUUAUUAUCACACAUACGUUUAAGCAAAGAACGGAUUUUGUAUCUUCUGGAAUACCGUUUUAAAAGUAAUUCGAUUCGAACAAGUUUUGAUUUCAAAUCAAUUCAUCCUGAAAAACCGUCGAUCAAAGCAAAGAUUUCUCGUUCACUGUUGCGAUGUAAUCCAAAUAGUAUAAAAUCAAUAAAUAAUAAUGAUGAAAACAAUGCAUUUGAAUCGUCGGACGAUGAAAUGAAUGAAAUAUCUUCCCCGAAGUCGCUAACCAGCGUUAAUGAUGAUGAUUAUCUUAACACACUAGCACAAUGGGAUCCAAAUGCAAUUCAAACAAUGAUUGAAAGUGACGAAGAAGAAGAAGAAGAAGAGCAAGUAGAUAUGAGAAAUGAUGUUCAGACAACACAAGAUAAUAAUACGAAUGCUAAUUCCAUGGAUUUAUCAACAGAAAUGCCUGCAAGUCAAGUCGAAGAUAUUCUAAUUACAUUUAUUAAUCGUUCAAUAAAAAAUGAACCGAUGGUAGAUGAUAGCAAUGAUUUUCACUGUGCACAAUUAGAUGGCCAAACAGAUUUUCAAUUUGAUACUCAUCAUAAAAAGCAAAAACAUAAAAAUGAACAUAAAACUACGAAUCAAGUUAUAACUACAGUGAAGUCACAGAGUUCAAAAUCAACGCAAACUAUUGAAUUAGCCAAUAUAUCACAAUCAUUCAAUACAUGUCAAACAAACAAUAACAAGAAAAAGAAAUCUUCUAAUCAAUCACAACAAAAAGAUGAUAAGCAAUCAAAAAAAUUUAAUAGACCAUUAUCAAAAAGUCAAAAUGUUGAUGAGAAUUUUCAUCCUCAAUGCAAAAAUAAGCACAUACUUUCAUCGUCCAUGGGAGAAAAGUCAGUCGGUAGACAUAUGAAUUUAGUUCAACAAACAUUAGAUAGCUGUCGAAAACUAAAAGUAAAUAAUUCAAAUCCAGAUUUCGUUCAGCCUAAAAAUCUUCCAAUAGAUGCUACAAAAAAUGCCAAACCGUCAAAUUCAGCUGUUAAGAUAAAUCUGAAAAAAAGAAAACGAUUGGAUACUAAAGUAAAUCAUAAAUCACGAACUAAAGAAUAUUCAUCAUCAAAAAGAAAAAAUAAGUUAUCUAUGGGACAUAAUGGUAAAACUAUUCUGGAUUAUUUUAAAGUCAUCAAACGUUCACCAAAUAAUGAUAAUAUUCAAUAUUUUGAAGUAGUAAAAGAACCAAUCGAUUCAGUGAGAUCAGUGGUUCAUGCGACAAGGAAAAGACUGGCAAGUUCUUCUGAUGAAUGUAUUGUACUUGACGACGACGACGACAACGACAACGAUGAUAAUAAAAAGAUCAAUAAAAUUGAUAAUGAUGACAUACAAUUAAUUGAAGAAUCAAGUUCUUCAAUCUAUGAUAAUAUAUGUGCACGUGAAAAGCCUCUCGAUCAUACUGUUGAUUCAACAGUCAUGCGUGUCAAAUGGUUAGUGAAUCUUGAAUUAGUUCUGCUCGAACAUAUUUCUAGGUACUAUCAACAAAAUAUUCGCCCAAAGAAUAAACUACAGUUGCACGAUUGUGUUAGCUAUUCAUCUACCGACAAUCUUUUAUCAUAUCGUAUUAGUCCAGAAUUUAUUACAAUAAUAAUUAAGAAUUUCUUGAAAAUUUUUAUUGUUCGAAAUUUAAAUACUGAUAACAAUGAACUGUCACUUUUUCAGUAUGGUUUAACAUCACAUUUACGUUAUUUAUUACUUGAACUGCCAACAUAUAAUCAUCAAAAUAAUAGUAAUACUGAACACGAUUGUUUACAAUGUGAUGAAUAUUUUUCUUUAAUAAAUAUUUUAUUCGAUUUGUUAUUCGAUUUAAUUGAAUAUGAUAUAUGUGAAAUAUAUGAUAAGAAAACAUACCGAUCGACAUUAAUCAAAGAGGAUUAUUUCAAUCAAUUUAUUCGCAGAAAAACAAUUCAAACAAAUAAUUUCGAUCGUAUUAAAUUAAUAAUUUAUUUGAUUGAAUUAAUUGAACUACAUAGAAAUAAAUGUCAAAGUAAAAAAGAAAUUUUCCAUUUAAAUGAAAAUCAAAAUUUUCAUUCCAUCGAAAAUUUUCUUCAGCACAUUAUUCUAAAAGCAAAUGAUUUAAAUAAUGAGCGAAUUUCGAUAUGUUUAAAUGUGAUGGAAUUAUGUCUUUUGUUUGUAAAAGAAAAAGAAGCGUGUAUACAACAAAUGGCGUUAUUUUUAGCAAAACUAUGUGAGGAAAAUUCAACAUAUCUACAUUUGUUUUUGUUUGAUGAAAACUUAUUGCCUGAUAUUCGUUUACUAUUAAUCAGUGAAUUAGUUUGGAAAAAAUUUAAUAUUAAAUUUGCUUCCACGACUAAUAUAAUUGAGUUUUUCGAUCAUAUUGAAGCUGCCGCACGAUUACGAAAUCCAAUUGAUGACAGUGCACUAUUACUCAUCCGCAGUUUGUUCAACACAUAUGCUGAUCUUAUGAUUUGUAUAAAAAAUAGUACGCUCAUCAAACAGUCUUUAACUGAACAAAUAAAAAUGUUACGUAAUGAGCUUGCAUCGAUAUACGCUACUUUAACGGAUAUUUCUCAUGAUUUAAAUUGCAAUCAGCAGAUUAAACGAACCGUGAUACUUUUUCGUUUACUUCAAUAUAAAUGGGAGCAGUUCUAG